CUCAUGUGUUAUUUUUUUAUGUUGAAAUAUUGUGUUCAACUGAUCACUGUUCAUCACUUGAUCCGAACAAUAACAAUACUUCAAGUUAACAGUGGAAUUGUUUAAUUUUAUUCAGUUUUGUUAUCAAUCAACAAUUGACAAUGAGACUUACUCGAUUUUUAAUGCACUGGAAGAACAAGAAACCUCACGGACAUGUUUACCGAGGCAAAAAUCGUAUUGUCUUAGAACCAACAAUGAAAAAUCUUCUUGACAUUCGUCUUGAUUUAGAAAGACAAGAAAGAAACAUGUUGAUACUUCGUCAUCCGUAUUUGACACUUGAACAGAGUCAUGGACAUAUGAAAGAUUUGAAAGAGCCAAUUAAUUUCAAACAUUUGAAUCAAGCAGCACGUAAUAUUAAGUUUAACAAACAUUUGUCUUGGGAACAACAGCUUGGACAUCUAAGAGUUAAAGACUGCUGGGAAUAAAUUACAUUAUAUUUAUCAUAAACAUGUAAUUAGAGUUAUCUUUUUUGUUUAAGGAAAAUCUAGUUCAAUGAAUAAACAAAUUUGUGAAUUAU